UAAUCGGGAGAAAUUUUCAGCAACACGAGCACGUUCACACAGCUGAGAACGAGGACAUGCUGCAGCUCUCGUGAGAAAGUUACGAGUGUUAUGGAGGUGUGAGGCGAACGUGCUAACCACUAAGGAUUUGGCAGUUGUGCAGUUUUUUUUCCUGCUCUUCUUUAUCUGUGUAUGUCCAGUGUCUACGUUCAGAGCUGCAUGUCUGUGCCGUAUUGUGCUCUUGUAUCGUGCUACGUCAUUUCCCAGUCAUCUGAGCAUCAUCUUCAAGACAGCGUUUAAGGGAUUGUCGGAGUGGAUGCAGCAGCCUGAUAAUCAGUUCUCUUGCUUCUGUUUUCUGAGAAUUUACUUAUUUAACUUAUACGUGCUUGAUUUAUAGUAUUUAGUACAUAAUAUGUAUUCCUUUUGUAGAUAUUGUUUAUUUCCUGUACAUACUUCACUGUUUUUGUGUUGUAUCAUCCCUGUUCUAGUUGUAGGAUUUGCCUGCUAAUUUUCUUGGGCUUGGUGUUUUUUUUUUUGUUUUUUUUUUCUCUCUGAGUAUUGGCUAGGUAGGGAGUUCAGGUAUGGAGAAUCAGAUUCAUUGGUUUGUGUUUUUCCUUAUUGGCAGGUCACCCCAACGUGGUGAUACCUUGGCCAGAUAUAUGCCUUAAAUAACUUGUAAGGAAGUCACCAUUGAGCGCAUUUUGUAUAUACCCCCAAAAUUAUAUAAAAACAAAAACUAUUAAUAUUUUUUGUUACUAUCCUAAUUCUAGACUGGGGCAUAACAGUGCUAGUUUUGUUUUGUUUGUUUUUGUUGUUUAUUUAAGGAUUAUGAAAGGACUAUCCCAUUACAGUUUUGGCAUAGACAGUCAAAGAACCUAGAGUAUAGUGAUGUACAUUUAAUAAUAAGAUUGAAACAGUAUUGAAUCAUACUUAUAUAUAAUAUAAAUAUGUACACACACACAUUAUAUAUAUAUAUAUAUAUUUAUAAAUUUCCAAACCAGAAUGUAUGAACAAUUUUCCUGAUAGUUCCUCCAACAGCUCCUGUAAAAAUAAAUAAAUAACUAAAUAAAUUAACUAGUUUUAUUUUUAAUUAAUUGCUUAUUUAUGCCAAAUCGAAACAUUUAGUAUAUUUGCUAUUUACUGGAGGUGGAAACUGACAUUUUUAGACUGUUUAAUACUUUAAGACUACGUUGGGGUUUUAUUCCUGUCAGGCAAGAAAAGGAAUCUGAAGCUACAGUGGGCACAAAGUCAGCUAGUCUGGACAGUUCAAGACUGGACAACAUCAUAUUCGUUUUUACGGAUUGUUUGAACGUGUGUGUGAUAUUGAUGAAGGUUCAUGAGCGUUAAUACAAUGCUCCAGUAGGUGUCGCUGUGAGCGUCUAGGUCGCGUUCCGCCACACAUUCACAGAAAUAGAAGAAGACGUGCGGCAGUUUUGCUGAUUGAUGAUCUGAGCUCUCCGAUUCUACUAAUCAUCUUUACAUUCAAAUAUUUCUGACAGGGUUUUACCUCCACAGUUCCAUCUGAUCCGUUGUGGGUGUAUUUGAGGAGGUUAACUGCGUUCUGCUGUAAAGAUCAAGAUAUGAGCGUAUUCCUGUUUCAGGUGUUCUCCUGCUGUCUUCUGUUUUUCACAUCUCAAACUUAACUCUGCAAGAACGUCAAGAGAUCCAUCUAGGAUGAAAGUAGAUGAGAUUAAGUGUGAGACCGUGGAACCCACAGAGAGCUCCACUAGUCAACCGACGUCGUCCGGUACGUUCUACACGAACAGCUCGGAUGCACCAGGGCAGAGAGAAAUUCACCAGUGCUCGCAUUGUGGGAAGAGCUUCACUCGGAAGAGUCAUCUCAAAGAACACCACCGGAUUCACACAGGAGAGAAGCCGUAUCUGUGUCCACGGUGCGGGAAGAGUUUCUCUGUAAAGAGUAAUCUCGAACAACACCAGCAGAUCCACACCGGGGAGAAGCCGUACCUCUGCUCGCACUGUGGGAAGAGUUUCACUCAAAAGAGUACUCUGAAAAAACACCAACGCAUUCACACAGGAGAGAAGCCGUAUCAGUGUCCGCAGUGCGGGAAGAGCUUUAUCGAGAGAGGGAACCUCAUAAAACACGAGAGGAUUCAUACGGGAGAGAAGCCGUAUCGCUGCUCGCACUGCGGGACGAGUUUUACAGAAAGGAGCGCUCUCCAACAACACCUGCGCAUUCAUACGGGGGAUAAACCGUAUCGCUGCUUAGACUGUGGGAAGAGUUUUAAUCGAGGGAAUACUCUCCAAGUGCACCAGCGCGUUCACACGGGAGAGAAGCCGUAUCACUGCUCGCAGUGCGGGAAGAAUUUUACUCGACAGAGUAGUCUCCAAGUACACCAGCGCAUUCACACUGGGGAGAAGCCUUACUACUGCUCGGAGUGUGGGAAGAGCUUUAGGGACCAUAAAAACUUCCAGCGUCACCAGCGCGUCCACACGGGCGAGAAGCCGUACUUCUGCUCAGAGUGCGGGAAGAGUUUCAGCGACCAGAGGAAUUUUCAGCGACACAAGCACAUACACGCAACCGAGAACGAGGACAUGUUGCGGUUCUAAUGAGUUUUUUCGGGGUCAGAUGGUGUCCUUGAACCCCUUUGUAUUGAAUAUGUUUAAUUCUACCGCUUGUGUAGAGUUUUGUCUGUGGGUCGUUUGACGAAUAAGCGUUUUGUUUUGAAAGGCAAUUUUUAAAAUAGAAAAAUCGAGCAUACUUCUGGUAAUUGUUGAAACAUUUGCAAUGUCGUACUCGUAUUUAUAUAAAAACAUGCGUACGGUUAGGUCAAUUUAGUUUUUAAGUUUUCUUCAUCCAUGGUCUUAAAAAUGGUCAUGUGGGGCGACUGUGGUUUUCCCUUCAAAUAAUAAAUUAUCCUUUAUAUAAUAUGUAAUCCUUAAUGUUUAAAGGUGAAAAGUAUUACAUGUACAGUAACGUCUGUAUAAAACAUGCAUACAUAUGUAAUGAAUUUCUUUUGAGUCUGCGAAUGAUCAUAUUUACGUCUGUUUUAUGACCACGCCCUGCCGGCAAAUACGGUUUCCCGACUUGUUUUUAAAUUUAAACACAAAACUGCUUAAAAUGUAAAAACUAUUAAAGGUUAACAUUUACUUGA